AUUCAUUCCUACUUUUCUCUCAUCUUUCCCGUCCUCCGUUUUCUUGCAGGUUCGUUGACCGUCUCCAUCACCGACAUGAGAGCCCCCCUGGUUGGAGGUUCAGGGGGCGUCUAUGCCCUUUGCUCGGCUCACCUGGCCAAUGUCGUCAUGAAUUGGGCUGGGAUGCGUUGCCCCUAUAAACUCCUCCGUAUGGUGCUGGCCUUGGUGUGCAUGAGUUCGGAAGUGGGCCGUGCCGUCUGGCUGCGUUUCUCCCCGCCGUUGCCCUCCGCCGGCCCGCAGCCCAGUUUCAUGGCCCACUUGGCCGGGGCCAUCGUGGGUAUCAGCAUGGGGCUGACCAUCCUCCGCAGCUACGAGGAGAACCUGCAGGAUCAGUGCGGUUGGUGGGUGGUGCUCCUCUCCUACGCCACCUUCCUGGUGUUCGCCGUCUUCUGGAACAUCUUUGCCUACGACCUUCUGGGGACGCAGAUCCCGUUGCCCCCGUAG